CAAGAUUACGUAACGUUCUAGCGUUCGUUGUGGAAGCAGUUGACAGCAAAGAGGAGCAGGCCGAAGCGCCAGUGGUGCUACCUGUGCGACCUGCCAAAGAUGCCCUGGACUGUGGUGUGGGACUUUAGUGAGGUGGUUUGCCGUGGCUGUGUAAACUACGAGGGAGCUAAUCAGAUUGAAUUCCUGAUCGCGAGCGCCCGACAACUGAAACGAACCCACGGCAUGCAGGACGGCAACGUCAGGUCACCUGGUCCCUCGCCAAAUAAACACGGCACAUCUGGCAGAGGAGAAGCGGCGACAGACGGGGGCAGAACACACUCCGAUCGCUUCGACAGGGGAGGAAGAGGAGAAAGUACCAGCUCUGCUGUUCGUGUGCCGCCCAACGGGCUGCACCGUGACGCCCAGCCGUCACAAGAAGUGAACAGUGAGAGCCCCAGCAGCAGCCGGAGACCCAUGCUAAGCGCUGCCAUACCCCCUAGCCUAGUAACUCAGAGUAUUGCAGGAAUUCCCCAUGGGCUACUUGCCGGCAUGCCGGCGGGUCUGACAGCCAGGACAGCCCCCAUGAGCAGUCCCAUGAUCUUCCCUGCACCGGUGCUGGCCGAGAUGAGCCGCAGGCAGCUGGGCAUAGGGAUGGGGAUAGCCCCUUUUAUCACUCCAGAGCUGGAGCGAGAGCUCAGUUCAUCCCAGAACCAGCCCAAGACACAGACGCAGGUUCACACUGCUGUGGCUGGCACCAGCGCCGGCAAAAGUACAGGCCUCCCUUCUUCGUCUUCCUCCAUAGCUGGAGGUGUGAGCCAGACCAGCCCCAAGCCUGCCUCAUCUCCAGCCAGGCAGCCACGCCCCCUGGCUGCAAGGUCAGGAGGGGAGCCCCUGGGAUCCAGCACCUCAGCAGAGGCGGCCACCACAGCUGCAGCGUUACCCCACAGUGGUGCCUCUGAGCUGGCAUCAGCAUCCGCCAGCAGCACCCUUUCAACCGGAAACACACUGUCCUGCACUUUGUGUCAUGAGAGGCUGGAAGACACACACUUUGUUCAGUGUCCAUCAGUGCCAGGGCACAGGUUCUGCUUCCCGUGCACCAGAGUGUACAUCCAGAGCCGGCGGGGUGAUGGGGAGGUGUACUGCCCCAGCGGAGAACGCUGUCCAUUGGAUAACUCCCCCAACAGUCCCCCGUGGGCCUUCAUGCAGGGAGAGGUAUCGACCAUACUGGGCACUGCUGGAGCGGGAGCUCCAUCAGCUGCUGGAUCUGGAGGUGGGACAGGGCCUGGAGCUGUGGCAGCAUCCGGGACCGGGAGUGGAGCUGCCAGUGGAGCCGCAGCUGGGAGUGGAGAUGUCACCGUCAAGAAAGAGAGGGAGACGUGAUAAUGAUUUCCAUGGAAACCAGGACCCAACACAGCAACAGAGUCGUAUCACAUACCAGAAGAGGCAUCUGCACUGGACCGAUGGAUUUAGAAGAGAAGCAACACAGUGACCCCACAGUUCAAAACAACCUCCCUUACACAGGUUUAAGUCCACCUGCUCAGAACACCCAAGAUUAAUCAGCACUCAGACCUGAAGUCCCACAGAUUGCCUUCACAAAUUGUCAUUUACCUUUUUUUCUAAACAAGUUUUAACCUAAACCCUGUAGUUCUGAUGCAACAAGAAUGUGAAAUCAGAUUUCACUGACUGAUCACUUUAAACCUCCUACUGCAUCCUGUGCAAUGUAAGCGCAUCCUCACCAGCUAUAGAAAACAGACUGAUGUAAAAUACUUAAUCCAGUAAACAGCAGAGAUCUGGGUGAAAUAGCACCAUAACAGCAACUGAUGUAACCGUGUACAUACAGUUAGAUGACAAAUUAAAGGAAAAGCCAACAUAAUGUGUCUAAACUGAUUUGAACUCUACUGGAGGGACGAUCACAAUCCUUCCAAAAGAUAUUGGUGUAUUGAUAAUGGUCGCUUCAACAUUACGAUUUUGGCUUCCAACGAAUAUGAAAACAAAAUAAUUGAUAUAAAAUAAGUACUGUGCAGCACUGUGCUUCACAGUGAUGCUCUCGGUUGUCUCGUGGUAUAAAUCCAGCGCACCCAGUGCGAGGAGAUUUUGCUCACAUCUGGUGAAGUGAAACGUUACUAUGGUGAUAACACCUAAACUCAUUACUGUAUAUGCAAUAAAACCUCCUCAGUAAAAAUAAGAGUAAUCUGUCAAAACCCCCACUAAACAAGCAUAUACUUGCAGAGAAGCAAUCAUUUCAGCUUUGCUUGCAGUCCGUCAUGCAUUGCCAGAUUGUGUUAAGUGUAGCAAGAUUGUUAUGAGCAAGCUAAAAUGAAAGAUGACUGUAUGUAGCCUCACUGUUAAAUGAGAGGGAGAGAGAUUGAUGUGGGUUUCGUAGUGAAGCCAGCACACGGAGGGACUUUUUAGGUUGACAGGCAGUAUUGUUAAACUGAAGUAACAAAACAUUCUUUGUAAAAUAAAUGUAGGUAAAAUAAUUUUGUCAAUUACAAUUAAGUAGAUGAAAUACUUAAUCUGUUAUUCAGCUGAAUCAUAAAGAUAAAAAAACACUGUUAAAAGACAAGUUUUUUUUUUUUUUUUUAAGUUCAAUAAAUGCAUGAUGUUGCCAAAAUCAAUGAGAAAUAGUGUUUAGGAUUUUUGCCAUAAUUGUGCACCCUUACACGGGUGAUCUGGUGAAGGCCAAAGCAUACAAUUUCCAUCAUGCUCAUUCUCAUCAAACCCCUCAGUGCCCUAUGGAUGGGGGCGCUGUCGUCCUGGAAGACACCGCUCAUUUAUUCAGGCUUCUCCUUUCGUUUGCCACUCAUCUGUAGAUGUACUGUUGGAAUCAGUUACUCAGGGCCAAUCAGCAGCGGCUACUUUGUUGUAGUAGUUGUGCCAGUUCCUGUCGGCAGUAGCUCUAGCAGCAGAAAAUAAAGUAAAUGCAACAAGACUGGCUCACUUUGCUACAAACAAAAACUUGCCCCACCAGUUAUGUGGAAGAUACUGUAGUCGCAUGAAUCUUCAGGUUAUACAUUAAGAAACAACCAGUGCUAACAGGACUGUAAGACCACGGAAAUGUCUCCAUUCCUUUUUUUUGGCCACUAGUAUACUGAUAAAGAAUUGGCAUUGGUGCGAUUUGCCAAAGGUAGCUUGUAUAGCUGCUCGUAGUAUCUUGUUAGCAGACCUAAUAUAGCAAUGAUUAUUGUUUUGAGUUACCCUUCUCAGAUUCGAACACAGUAGUAAUGCUCCAGUGUUUAUUGUAACUGUACACUCAGCAUUGUGUUUCCACAAAAAGCACAAAGGCUUGUAUGACCUUUCCAACUCAAGCAUGCUACAACAGUAGCCAUAGCUGUAAUGAUGAACAAAGUGUUGGCCGGCAGGGGGGUCGGACCUCUGACUGGUGAAGUGAAACACAGGCUGCUCCGAGGCGAAACGAGGUGGAGCUUAACAGUCUCAGACAAAAGGCCAUUUUCUCUGCCAGCGUUUGGGCUAAAUGAAAUAUUUGUGCUUCUACAAAUACAAUUUACAUUAACUGAUGUGACACGAACAGUUAUGACAAAGUGAACGUGUCCUGGUGCACAAAUGAAAGGAAAACAAAUCUCCCACUAAGACACCUCCACAUGCAGACAUGAGAUGUGGACAAAAUGCCAGUAGCAACAUUAAUGUGUUUUUUUUUCGUCAGCUUUAAAUGAAGCCGAAUGACUCAGAGAAAGGAGAACAGUUGCUGUAUACAAGCAAGCAGUUAAUCUGUCGAAGCCUCAGACAGCCACAUAAUGUUUGACUGUAUUCAUACAAGAUCCAGCCCAGCCUACGCUUUAUCCUGAAUGUAUAUUAAAAAUAUAUCUAUUGAUAGGCCUAGCGCUAUAUUUUAUACUAGAAUGUUAAAUGUUAUAUACUGUAUAGAUCUAUGAUAGUAUGUAUGUGCAAUCCUUAGUCAUAUGCAACAGUUUGGAAUAUUAAACAAUUAGUUAUUGUUAAACCUUUUAUUUUCCACCAGUGAGAAUCCAUCUAAGAGCAGAACUGUUCUUCUGUAGUCCAGAUUUAGGAACGGGUUUCUCCCAAAACUGGAGACGGCGACAGCUUCCUCUCAUGUGACAUGACUUUGGAACUACUACGGAAGCUGUCACAGUAUUCAGAUUUUCAGUUGUGAAAUUAUCGGCACUGCAGUUGAUUUUGCUUUCCAUUCAUGGUCAGUGGAACAACGUGGCGAACCACAUGUACUGUACAUCUAACCCCGUUUAUCUGAUAGUUACAUAUCAGGGAUUUAACGAACAGCCAACGCUCUAAUAACUAUACAUUUAAACUGACCUGUUUUUUUUGGUGGAUUCUCUCUUUAUGUGCAGUUUGUACUUGUCAGUACAGAAGCACAGACAAACCAAAGGUAUAAUUUUAUGCCCAUGCUGAUGUUUUUGGAUGUAAAUGUUUUAUGGAGAAAUAUCUGUAUUGCUAUAUUUCUUAGCUAGGUCUUAACUGGUUUUUUUCAUCAAGCCAGUUUACUGGCCUUUGUGGUCUACUGUACUUAUGGGAUUUUACAUAUUAAAGUCUAUAAUAUUCAGCAGAUAUGUAUGUAGGCCUUCGGUAUUGAGAGAAUAUCCCAUAGAUCAGGUCUGUUAUAAAGAAAUGUCUUUGAAGAAGUGGAAUUUAAGUUUAAUAUGCACUGAUACAUCAUGCAAUCCCUGUUAAGUGCCUUUUUAAAAUGUCUGUUUGGGAACCUCAGGGGAAGUAGGACUGCAGUGGGGUUUUUUUUAUUGUCUAAUCCUAUCGCCAUCACACAGCUUCUGCUUUUAUUUGAAGCCUUUGUAAAGUUGGCUGCCAUUGAUUGUUGGUAGGUCUCUUUUCGCACCUACAGUAUGUCGCAAUUACUUUCAUUUGUCUUUUUUUUUUAGAUUUCUUGGUUUUAUUGCAGCUUCAUGUACAAAAUAGAAACCAGGAAUAAAUGGGAUGGA